UUUUUUCCCGAGGAAGACGCGGCGCGAUUUUGGGGUGGUUUUAAAGAAUUUGGGGUUUUUUUUUUGCAGCUUUUCGAAGCYUCGUCCUGCACCUACACGUACGUUGUGGCGGACGCGGCCUCGGGGGACGCGGUGAUCAUCGACCCCGUGCUGGAAACGGUGCCCCGGGACCUGCGGCUGAUCCAAGAGCUCGGCCUAAACCUCCGCUACGCCGCCAAUACGCACUGCCACGCGGAUCACGUGACCGGCUCGGGGUCCCUUCGCCGCGCCCUCGGCUGCGUCAGCGCCAUCUCCAGAGCCAGCGGGGCCUGCGCUGAUUGGCUGCUGGGGGAGGGGGACGAGAUCAAAUUCGGGAAUUUUGUGAAAUUCCCGGUGGCCGCGGUGACCCCGCUGACCCCUCCCCCCCCUCUCUCUCUCUCUGCCCCUCCCCCCUCAGGCUGUGCCCGCACUCUGCACCGCUCGGUGCACGAGAGAAUCUUCACCCUGCCCGAGAGCUGCCGCCUCUACCCCG